GCGGCUCUGGCCCCGCCCCCCGAGUUCCCCGAUUGGCGCCGCCACCUCCGAGGGGGCCAAGAUGGCGGCCAAGAUGGCGGCCGUGGCGGGGUGAGGCGGCGACGAUGAUGUCCGGGCCGGAGGAGCGCGAGGCCUCCGGGGGCCCCGCCGCCCCUUCCGCCGCCCCCGCCGGCCCCGCUGCCCCCGCGGCAGCCCCGGGAGAGGCCGGGGGUGCGGAGGAGGCGGCGGCGGCGGCGCUGUUGGGUGCGGCGGGCGCCGACCCGGACGCGCCCCCCAAGAAGCGGCUGCGGGCGGCGGGGAGCGGGGCCGGCGGCGCCGAGGGGGCGGCGGGGAGCGUGAAGCUGGAGGAGCGGCUGCACUCCGUGCUCUGCUGCACCGUCUGCCUCGACCUGCCCAAGGCCUCGGUCUACCAGUGCACCAACGGACACCUGAUGUGCGCCGGCUGCUUCAUCCACCUCCUGGCAGACGCGCGGCUGAAGGAGGAGCAGGCGACGUGUCCCAACUGCCGCUGCGAGAUCAGCAAGAGCCUCUGCUGCCGGAAUUUGGCCGUGGAAAAAGCCGUCAGCGAGCUGCCUUCGGAAUGUGGCUUCUGCAUGCAGCAAUUCCCGCGAUCCCUCUUGGAAAGGCAUCAGAAAGAGGAAUGCCAGGACAGGGUGACCCAGUGCAAAUACAAGCGGAUCGGUUGUCCGUGGCAAGGUCCUUUCCACGAGCUGACGGUGCACGAAGCCGAGUGCACCCAUCCCACCAAAACCGGGAACGAGCUGAUGGAAAUCUUGGAUGAGAUGGACCAAACCAGGAAAAAGGAGAUGCAGCUUUACAACAGCAUCUUCAGCCUCCUCAGCUUCGAGAAAAUCGGCUACACAGAGGUCCAGUUUCGCCCGUACCGCACCGACGACUUCAUCACCCGUCUGUACUACGAGACGCCGCGCUUGACCGUCCUCAACCAAACGUGGGUGCUGAAAGCGCGGGUGAACGACUCCGAACGCAAUCCCAACCUCUCCUGCAAGCGCACGCUCUCCUUCCAGCUCAUCCUGAAGAGCAAAAUCAAUUCCCCUAUGGAAUGUUCCUUCCUUCUCCUGGAAGGACCUUACGAUGACGUCAAAAUCCAUCCGGUCAUCUACCACUUUGUCUUCAGCAACGAGAACAACGAGACCGACUACAUGGCGUUGCCCAUCGUCGAUUCGGUGGAGUGCAACAAACUGCUGGCGGCCAAGAACAUCAACCUGCGCCUUUUUAUAUUUCAGAUCCAAAAAUAGGACUGGGAAAAUCCCAAAAAAACGGGGAAAAUACCCCCAAAAACGGGGAAAAUACCCCAAAAAACGGGGAAAAUACCCCCCAAAACGGGUGAAAAGACCCCCAAAAAUGGGAAAAAAGACCCAAAAAUGGGAGAAAAGACCCAAAAAUGGGAGAAAAGACCCAAAAAUCGGAGAGAAGACCCCCCCAGUAUGGGAGAAAGACCCAAAAAUUGGGGAAAAGACCCCAAAAUGGGAGAAAAGACGCAAAAAAUGGGAGGAAAGACCCCUCAAAAUGGGAAAAAGACCAUCUGAAAUGGGGAAAAGGCCCCCAAAAGUGGGAGGAAAGGUCCCCCCAAAUGGGAAUGAAACGCAAAAACAGGGGGGAAAGACAUAAAAAAUUGGGGGGGAACAGAAAAAUGGGGGAGAAAAACCCUGAAAGGGGGAGAAGACGCCCCAAAUGGGGACUAAAAAACCCAAAACCUUGGACAGAAAUCCAAAAACUUGGACAAAAGAACAAAAAAAAGGGGCGAAACCCCCAAGACCGUGGAAAAAAAACCCCAAAAAUGUGCGCCCCCCCCAAAAAAACUUGGAAACAAACACCAAAAACUUGGGAAAAAAUGCAAAAAACCUG